AUGCCUAAGCCAGACAUUACCCCUGUCGGUGCCCCAAACAAGCCUCUCGCUGCAGGCAUAGUUGCCCCGAAGGUGCCUACAGGCACCAGUUCCAAGGUGACGAAGCCGUCGGCGACAGACAUCACCGUGGCCGCCGCUGAAAACAUAGUCAAGGCCACCGACAAGCCUGAUUCCAAGCCUUCAACGAGCUCUACGAGCGACACAACUAGCUCCAGCUCCGUACGAGCCGAGUCUUCUCUGUCGAGUUCAUCACCGGGUAUGAAAGCCCAACAGACCGGCGAGCCUGGUGCAUCAGGGACCCCCCGGAGCUCUUCGGGAGACUUUAGCUCUCAAGUUACAACAGGCCUCACCAGCUCCAGUGAAUCAAGCCCCUCGAGCGUCCCUCCAGCCCCAAUUAAGAUGGCAACUAUCAUUGCCUCGGAUGUGGUAUUCCCAGUCGCCACCUACACAGGUUUGCUCAGCAGACUGCCCUGCCUCAAGGCGAUGCAAAGCGGGACUAUCAGCGCCACAAUAUCCAUCAUUUACAUCGUCGAAGGCUGCGGCAAAGCGGGGGCAAAAUGCCCUGUCGGCGGCAUCUCCACCGAGAACGUUUCGGUGUCGUACAGCCCCCCGGACAGGAAAAGUCUCGAAGACCUUUUCGUGAACUUGGAAGUGCGGGGGAUCUAUCAGUGUGCCUGA